UUAAAACUUAUUCAACGUUGGACUAUGCAAAUACUCAUAAAUAAAACCUCUCCGCACGGAAAAACAUUUACUUUUUCAAAAAUAUAUUAGAACAGUAAACCAUUAAAGACGACAGACAAUGCCAGAACCACAAGAUAUUGCCUUGUACGCCUCGGUUGGAGUGGCGGCAUUCGUUUUCGGUGCCUUUCUGCAGCAGGAGACAUCCAUCAAUAAUCUAUUCGAUGUGAUCAAGAGGGAUCCGUAUGUGUAUCACAAUCGCCGCAAGCUGUAUCCUGUGCUCUCGACAUUCAGCACCAAUCACGAGGCUAGACUGUGGAGCCGUCCGGUGGGGCUGAAGGACAAGAUAUGCGAUCGAGUCAAGCCACUUAUCAAGUUUCUGCUGCCGAAACCGAAGGAGGAAAUGGGCUUGGAGGAGCCCCCCCUGGCGAAUGUGCUGGAUAUUCUCAAGUACGGCUUGCCUAGUGUCGAGCAGUUGUUGGUGCACAAGGACUACAUAAUGUCGCGUGGCAUAGAAACGAAGAGCGCCACGUGGAUUUGCGAGCAUUUCCGCGCCGGGUCAUCGCCAGAUGCGCCUGAGUGUCUCCGAUACACCGAUGUCUUUUUGCUGACCGGUGGCUGCGCGGAGAUUGGCAGAGCCUUCACGCGUCCGAUCUGGCAGGAGCUGGAGCGGUAUGUGACAUUGAAGACCCAGAAGUGCGGGUCGCUGUACACCUACACGGGUCCCAUUUUCACACCCAAAAACCACGGCACCGAUAAAUCUUGGCUGGAGUACAGGGAGUGUAAAAACGCCUCCAUGCCCGUGCCUGUGCCGUCGCACUAUUUCAAGGUGUUGAUCAUCGAGGAGUCGCAGGGGCCCGGCGGCGAUGUUCAGCCAGUGGCCAUCGAGGCAUACGUGAUCAAAAAUGGCCAUACCGAUACGGUGGGAUGUUUGAGCGAGCAUCGUGUCCGCAUCAAGGAUAUCGAAGAGCAGACAGGACUGCGGUUCAACAAGCAACAGCAGGGGCCAAAGCUGAUGACCACCGACCAAUGUUGUUUCAAUUGAAAAAGAAGGAAUUUUUUUGAAGGGUAUUUCACCUGCGAUGCGCCGUUAUCUUUCUGGUUAGCUUUCUAGCCGGUUUUUUGUGUUUAAUAAAAUGUAUCCAGCGUGUGGCAGAGCAACAGGCGGGGCAGAGAGGAAAAUCGCUGGCAAAAUUCUCAUCUUGACAAUAAAAUUUAAUAUUUG